CCGCGGCUUGGCCUCCGCCGCCGCCGCUGCUGAGCGUGCGCAAGUCCUUCUCGCGCAUGCUCCCUGCGCGCGGACCUGCAAAUUCUGAAGGAUAACAGAUUCUGAAACAUCCGACGGGCGGACUUACCCGGCCGCCCUGUGGCGACGGCAACGCUCGCCCAGCCCCGGACUGAGCGCGCCCCCCUCCCCGCCACCGCCACCACAAUCAUGUCGCCUAAGCCAAGGACGCCGGGUCACUGAAGAGCCAUGGGCGAGCGGUCCAUUCCGGCUGGCCGGGGGACCCAGCUCAUCUCCUUGCUGGUGCUGGAGCAGCGCGCCCAGGAGGUCACCUUAGACCGGGAGCUGGGGCUCUUGGCGUGGCGGAGCUUGGAGCCGCAGCCGCGCAGGGGGCGAGAGAACUAUGCUGUGCCCAUUUCUGAAAUCAUUGCUGUUGAAGAGAAAGAAAGGGAGGAGAAACAGUCUCAACCUGGAAGAUGGCAGAAAAUGACAAAGCCUCAUGCAUUCACCGUGUAUUACAUAAAGAGGGCACGGCAUCACCGCUGGCGGUGCAGCGAAGUGACUUUCUGGUGCAUUGACGAACAUCUGUGUAAUCAGUGGAUAUGUACAUUGAAAGAACUACUUGAUUUACAGACCUCCAGACCAAAGCGCUUGCUUGUAUAUAUUAAUCCACACAGUGGAAAAUCACAAGGAAUAAAAAUAUACGAACAAAAAGUGGCUCCGUUGUUUAGUCUGGCUUCCAUCUCUACGGAUGUUAUAGUCACCGAACAUGCCAAUCAUGCUAAGGAUAACUUACUUGAAAUUCAUCUAGAGAAAUACGAUGGUGUUGUUUGUGUUGGUGGGGACGGAAUGUUCAGUGAAGUGAUACAUGGUCUAAUUGGAAGAUCUCAGAAGGAUUCGGGCAUAGAUCAAAAUAAUCCCAAAGCACAAUUAGUCCAGUGCUGUCUCAGGAUUGGCAUAAUUCCUGCUGGUUCGACCGAUUGCAUAUGCUAUGCAACAGUUGGCAUCAAUGAUCCAGUAACAUCUGCAUUACAUAUCAUUGUGGGAGAUAAUCAACCUCUGGACGUUUGUUCAGUACAUCGCAAUAAUACAUUUCUGAAAUAUUGUGUAUCAUUACUGGGAUAUGGUUUUUAUGGAGAUGUAUUAAAAGACAGUGAACAGAAACGCUGGAUGGGCCCUGCCAGAUAUGACUUCUCAGGUUUCAAGACUUUCCUCUCCCAUCAUUGCUAUGAGGGGACAGUGUCUUUCUUACCAGCAGCACAGGCCGUGGGGUCUCCAAGAGAUAAGAAACCCUGCAGAACUGGGUGCGGGAUUUGCAAGAAAAGUAAACUACAGCUGGAGAAAGAUCAGCAGAAGACGGAAAAGGAGAUUAAAAGGGAUGAGGAAGGAGAAUGGAAAGUCAUCCGAGGGAAGUUUCUAGCCAUCAAUGCUGUGAACAUUAGCUGUGCCUGUCCACGGAGUCCUAAAGGCCUUUCACCAGCUGCUCACCUGGCAGAUGGCUCUGCAGACCUCAUUCUAGUUCGUAAAUGUUCCCGGCUAAACUUUCUAAGAUACCUCUUAAGGCAUACAAACCAACAUGAUCAGUUUGAUUUCAGCUUUGUAGAGGUUUAUCGGAUUAAAAAGUUUCGUUUUACAUCAAAGCAUUUUGAUGACGGUGACAAUAAUGACCAGGGUAUGCGGAAAAAACACUUUGGUCAGUUCUGUAGAGACCACCCAGCUUGCUGCUGCCUCCCACCCAGCAGCACCUGGAACUGUGAUGGAGAGACCCUGGAUUGUUCAACUAUUGAAGUCAAAGUUCACUGCCAAUUAAUUAAACUCUUUGCAAGAGGAAUAGAAAAGAAUCACAAACCUGAAUCACCUUACAAGCAACUUACCUGAGCAAUUAAUUAAAGUCAACACUGCAAGAACAUGAAAGAAAAAAAGCAACAUACAGACAAGCAUUUCUGGCAUGUUAAUAAAUGUUUUUAAACUUUAUUUUUCUGGUCAAAUUUUAAUUUUGGAUAUAUUUCUUUUCAGUUAAUGUCUUCAAAGACAGUGGAUUGUUUUAAAUUAUUUUAUGGUAGGACAGGGAAGACGAUUUUUGGCUUGUAUUUCCUUUCUUUUGUUAUGAAUGGAUUCUGUUUUCUCUGCUAUGUUUCUAAGCUGGAUGCUCUUUCUCUUAGUUCAGGAUAAAAAAUCAGAUUAUUAUUGUUAUGGUCCCUCACACAGUUAGCUCGAUGUUCUGACUGGAUUUGCAUUUUUGUCCACCUGUCAACUCUUCCCAA